GGAGUCCACUCUGCCACGUCCUGGUUGCCCGCCGACAUGGACGUCUUCAAGCUACUCUCGCGCGCCGCAAAACCCAGCGCGAAACCCAGCGCAAAAGCAAGCGCGACACAAAAACUGCCCUCCAGCGGCGCCGCCGCGAAUCCGCAACUUUUCGGCCACGAUGGGCCGGCGUUCAAUGGCGUGAACAAGAAGAGGAAGAGAGGUCAGGAUGGGGCGGAGGUAGUGGAGGAGGAUACGAGUCUGUAUGCUGGGCUGGACUUUUUUGGGGCGCCGAAGGGUGCAGAGGACGGGGGGAAGAAGAAGCGCAAGAGGAAAGCCGGGGCAGAGCAGGCUGCCGAAGCAAGCGUGAAUGGAGAAGAUGACGUCGAAGCCGAGGCUGAGGCUGGGGCUGGCCGAGAGGUGGAAGCAUACGAUGCAACAGAGAGCAAGCGCCUCCUCCGCUCGCACAAGCUUAAGAUCGCUGUCCUCGAAGACUUUGCCGCGCAAGAAGCUCUAGACGCCAAAGAGAAGAAGAAAGAAAAGAAGAGCAGCAAGAAGCGCGAGAAGGAGAGAGGGGAGUCCAAGGAUAAGACGAAGGACACCAAGAAGCAACUCUACCCCCAGCCGCUCACCGACUUUGCACAACUGCGCACCACGCGCUACGCCAUCUCAAGACGGCUUGCGGAGAACAUACAAGAGCAGGGCUACAAGCUGCCGACUGAAGUCCAGCUUGGUGCGCUGCCGCUGCUGCUUGGUGGCAAGAAGCAGGCUAUCCCAAGGGCAGACGCUGCGGAGACGGAGAGCUCUGGUGCAGAGUACGGCGGCGACAUCGACCUCUUGACGGUUGCGCCGACUGGAAGCGGCAAGACGAUCGCCUUCUUGAUACCGGUCAUCAACGCACUGCUCAGGGAGGGCUCGACGGACAGCAAAGAGGGGCCGCGAGCGAUUGUCGUUGCGCCGACACGAGAGCUGGCUGCGCAGAUCGUCAACGAGGCGAGGAAGAUUGCCAAGGGCACGGGGAUCAAGGCUACGCUCAUGAGGAAGGGAAUGGAGGUCGUUGAACGCGGAGAUGGCAUGGAUAGCGAGAAGGCCGCUGCAGAAGCCGAGGCAGAUGCUUCUGGCGACGAUGGCCGGGCUGCUGGCGACGAUGGCAGUGCUUCUGGGUCCGACACAUCAGACCAAGAGGGACAAGUCCAGCAGAAGACGCGUGAUCGCAAACGCGCGGAACUCGUCAAAGCCGCCAUCAUUGUCGCAACACCGCUGGCGCUCCUCAACGCCCUCAGGCGUAGAGACGGUACGGUCGCAGAGCUGCCCAGCAUCCGUCACCUCAUCCUCGACGAAGCUGACGUCCUCCUCGACCCGCUCUUCCGCGAGCAAACCCUCGCCGUCUGGAACGCGUGCACAAGUCCUCUCCUCCGCAUCGGCCUCUGGUCCGCCACCAUGGGCGCAUCCGUCGAGUCCCUCGCAAUCUCAACCCUAAAUUCUCGCUGGAGAUCCCUCAAGGCAACUCGCAGCGACCUAUCACCACGCCCGCCUCUCAUCCGCCUGGUCGUCGGCCUCAAAGACACCGCAAUCCCCAACAUCCACCACCAACUAACCUACGCCGCAACCGAACAAGGCAAACUCCUCGGCCUGCGCCAACUCCUACACCCGACAUCUAUAUCCUCCACCUCCACGGCUCCCGUCCUCAGGCCCCCGUUCCUCGUCUUCACGCAAACCAUUCCCCGCGCCAUCGCCCUGCACUCAGAGCUGCUCUACGACAUCCCGCCCGAAGCCGGCGGCUCAUCCCGCAUCGCCGUCCUGCACGCCGACCUAUCGAGCAGCGCGCGAGACGGCAUCAUGACCCGCUUCCGCCGCGGCGAAGUCUGGGUCCUCAUCACCACCGACCUGCUCGCGCGCGGCGUCGACUUCCGGGGUCUCAACGGCGUCGUGAAUUUCGACGCGCCUACCUCCGCAGCGGCAUAUGUGCACCGCGUCGGUCGCACGGGGCGGGCGGGCCGCGAGGGCGGUGUUGCGGUCACGUUUUAUACGCAGGACGAUAUCCCAUAUGUCAAGCUCAUUGCGAACGUGAUCCGCGCGAGCGAGAAGUUGAGGGGUGUGCCUGAGGGUGAGGGGAGUGUGAAGCAGUGGUUGCUUGAUGCGCUGCCGACGCCGACGAAGAGGGAUCGAGCGACGCUGAAGAAGAGGGGUGUCGAGUCGAGACGGAGUAAUCUCAGAGGGAAGGAGGCGAAGAAGGGGAGGAUUUCGACCAAGAGUGGGUUCGAGAGGAGGAUUGAGAACAAUAAGAGGGGUGCGAAGGAGGGGAGUAAGAGGAGAGAAAAGGCAGCGAGAGACGCAUCGCCGGGGAGUGAUGAUGGCUUUGAUGGCUUUGAGGAGUAG